AUGCGGCCCACGGGACUGCUGCACCUCGGCAACUACCUCGGCGCACUCCAGAACUGGGUGGAACUGCAGGACGAUUACGACUGUAUCUACUGCGCCGUGGACAUCCACGCGCUGACUACUGUCGAGUCGCAGGCCGACACCAACCAGAUUCAGUCCAACAUCGAGGACAUGAUCCUGGAUUGGCUGGCCGCCGGCAUCGAUCCUGAACGAAGCAUCGUGUUUGUCCAGUCACAGGUGCCCGAGGUUAUGACGCUGCACACCCUUCUCAGCAUGGUCACACCUCUGGGUUGGCUGACACGCGUGCCCACCUUCAAAGAGAAGGUGCGACAGAUGGACGAGACCGAGGAGACGGUCAACUACGGCUUGGUCGGGUAUCCUGUGCUGCAGACCGCCGACAUCAUCCUGUACAAGGCGGACACCGUUCCAGUAGGCCGCGAUCAGGUGCCGCACAUCGAACUGUCGCGGGAGAUCGCGCGGCGGUUCAACAACUUCUUCGGAGACACGUUCCCCGAGCCGCAGGCAAAGCUCACCGAAUCUCCAUUACUGGUGGGCCUCGACGGGCAGGCGAAAAUGUCGAAGUCGCUGGACAACCACCUCGACCUGGCUGCCACCCCAGAGGACACCUCCAAGCGGGUGCUGACCGCCUUCACCGAUCCGCAGCGCACGACCCGCAACAUCCCCGGCAGACCAGAGGUCUGCAACGUCUAUUCGAUGCACCAGAUGUUCAGCUCAUCCACGGCGGUCAGCGCCGUCUACAGUGAGUGCACGACCGCUGCCCGCGGCUGCGUCGACUGCAAGCGUCAGCUGGCCGGCAGCAUCAACGAUUUCCUCGAGCCCAUGCGCGAUCGCCGCAAGGAGUACGAGUCCCGUCCCGGCUAUGUCCGAGAGAUCCUUGACGAAGGCGGCAAGCGCGCCCGCGCCAUCGCUGCCAAGACCAUAGAGGAAGUCUACGAAAAGAUGGGGCUGGCACGAGGAUAA